GUGGAAUAUCACGUCCUAGAAACAGUUCAAUUUUAUACUCGUCUAUCUCAAGUGAAAUCAACCAGACCUGCUAUACAGAGAAAUGGUGGGUUUUCUCUAUGUUCUCCUCUCUCUGACUGCUUUACAAGUGGAGUGUUUCAGUGGGGGAGGAUCUUCCAUUGCUACUCAGUGUGGCUCAAUGCUACCUGGUAGUAUUCAUGGCAACACAGGGCAGAGCUCUCCCUCACCAUACACUGUCACUGUCAGCCAGACCACCUACCAGCCAGGAGACACCAUCCAAGUGACUCUGUCAGGAACCAUCCCUUUUAGUGGGUUUCUUCUGGAGGCCCAUGAGGAAGGACAGAACACCGCUGUGGGAACGUUCUCUCUCGGCAGUGGGUCUGGGAUCGUUCUUGUGCCGUGUAAUGGGAUUGCAGCCUCUGGGGUGAGUCAAAGCAACAAUCAGCCUAAAUCAUCAGUAUUAGUCACCUGGACAGCACCAGCCUCAGCCUCCUUGGGAAACAUCCUAGUCAAGACAACAUUUAUGCAGACCUCCAGUGUAUUUUGGAUUGAAGUGCCUAGCAUGACAGUAAACCGACUGUCCUCAGUGGUCAACACUACAAGGGCUCCUACUAAAACAACCAACGCCUCUAAUCUGACAACAACUACACAACCAAUCACUGAACUAACGACAACUACACAACCAAUCACUGAACUACCAACAACUACACAACCAAUCACUGAACUACCAACAACUACGCAACCAAUCAAUAGUGGACCUGGAUAUAAGUUUGUACUGAGGGUGAAAUUAACCUCGACAACAAAUCUAACCGAAUCUGAGAUCUUGAAGCAGCUCCGUGAGGAACUGAUCAGACGAGGGCUGCCAGGGGACUUUACACUGCGAUUGAGAACUGUUCAGAGCUAGGUGUCAGGGGGAAGAGGAUGAGGACACUGGAGAGAAAACCCAGACAGGACAGAAUGCAAACCUGAUCACAGAGAUAGUUUACACACAUGCUUUACAACAGAUUAUCUUGCAGAUUACACUCUUACCACAUGAUCUACUGUAACUAUAAGGAAUUAAAUAUCUACUUUUAGUUGUUUGAAUUUGCAUUAACCAUAAUACAUGUUCUGUACCUUUGAAGUAAAAUCAUAUAGGUUUAUGACUAUAUUUUAACAAGAAUUGUAUGUUUAUUAUGGAUAGGAAUUUGGUUUUGACAAAUCAUGGAAACUUAUGUUGCAUCUUGUGGUCCUCUGUAGCUCAGCUGGUAGAGCACGGCGCUUGUAACGCCAAGGUAGUGGGUUCGAUCACC